CCGCUCCAGGUGAGCCUCGCCCCGCAAGACUUUUCCGGUCUCGUGGGCAGAGGGACGACCAGGAACUCGGGCUCAGUCUCCACCCCGAAGUGGGGCGGGUCCGCCCGGGAUAAGACCCGGUGUUCGGCCCGGACGAGGGUGUGACCUCCGUGGCCGCCGAGGACGACCGCAGUUCCGUCUCGGCACGAACGGUAGUCUCCAUUUCUUUUAGAAGGAUUCAUGUUGGAGCAUUCUAUUUUUAUGGGGAAAAAAAAUUUAGUUGAAACCAAACAGUAAUGAAAAGAAUGAUAUUUGGAUAUGAUUUGAACUUCUGCUUGUGUGACUGAACUCUGAUCUUGACGCAGUGUCACAGUCAUGGCGGCCAAAGGAGGUACCAUCAAAGCUGCUUCAGGAUUCAAUGCUGCCGAAGAUGCCCAGACCCUGAGAAAGGCCAUGAAAGGGCUCGGCACCGAUGAAGACGCCAUUAUCAGUGUCCUCGCCUACCGCAACACAGCCCAGCGCCAGGAGAUCAGGACAGCCUACAAAACCACCAUCGGCAGGGACCUGAUAGAUGACUUGAAGUCGGAACUGAGUGGCAACUUCGAGCGUGUGAUUGUGGGGAUGAUGAUGCCCACUGUGCUGUACGACGUGCAGGAGCUGCGAAGGGCCAUGAAGGGAGCUGGCACCGACGAGGGCUGCCUGAUUGAGAUCCUGGCCUCUCGGACACCUGAGGAGAUCCGGCGCAUAAACCAGACCUACCAGCUGGAACACGGGCGGAGCCUGGAAGACGACAUUUGCUCUGACACGUCAUUCAUGUUCCAGCGAGUGCUGGUGUCUCUGUCUGCUGGUGGCAGGGAUGAAGGAAAUUUUCUGGAUGAUGCUCUCAUGAGACAGGAUGCCCAGGACUUGUAUGAGGCUGGAGAGAAGAAAUGGGGGACAGAUGAGGUGAAAUUCCUAACUGUUCUCUGUUCUCGGAAUCGAAAUCAUCUAUUGCAUGUGUUUGAUGAGUACAAAAGGAUAUCACAGAAGGAUAUUGAACAGAGUAUUAAAUCUGAAACAUCUGGUAGCUUUGAAGAUGCUCUGCUGGCCAUAGUAAAGUGCAUGAGGAACAAAUCUGCAUAUUUUGCUGAAAGGCUUUAUAAAUCUAUGAAGGGUUUGGGCACUGAUGAUGAUACCCUUAUCAGAGUGAUGGUUUCCCGGGCGGAGAUUGACAUGAUGGACAUCCGGGCAAACUUCAAGAGGCUCUACGGGAAGUCUCUGUACUCCUUCAUCAAGGGUGACACAUCUGGAGACUACAGGAAGGUCUUGCUCAUCCUCUGUGGAGGAGAUGAUUAAAAUAAAAUCCACGAAAGAUAAGAGAAUAACCAAAACUUUGAUUUUUUUUUUAAAACUUUUUUCUACAUUGCUAUUAGCAAUAUCUCAGAAUGCUUAUUUCCAAAUUAAAACGCCAACAGAUGCCUCCUAAGAUAUAGGCUGUAUUAUUAUUCAUCUAUAAUUACUCGUUAUGAUGCUUUAAAGCUGUACUUGCAUUUCAAAGCUUAUAAAACCUAAAAGGAGCUUUAAAAUUAGAAAUAAUAAUGUACUCCAUGUUUUUAACAGAUCACUUCAUUUGUGUUUCACAGAAACUGAAAUAUAUUAAAUUAUUUCAUGUUUUCUUUUUGGUGAAAAACUACUGAAGUGGAAGACUGGAAGACUGUUCUAAAAUCACUCUUCUUCCCUAAUUCUAUUUUUCGAGCGGCUAGUAAUUUCUUGAUUUGAAAUUGUGAGCAUCUAGUUAGUAAGAAUAUUUGUCCAAUUUGCUAUUUCACAUAGUCAUAGUUUGAAAGCAUCCACAAAUGUCCUUUGUUUAGGCUUUAUCAAUAUUGUUAGUUGAUCUUCACUAGGUUUGGUGUGAGAUACUUCUAUGUUAAGAUCACUUACUCUCUCCAGAUUCAAGUAUACCAAAAUCACCAAUUUAUCUGAACAAAUUAAAUUCUAACUGUGGCUAUACAAGUCAUAUAUGUCUGGUUACCAAACAUAAAUGCUGAACAUUCCACAAUAUUAUGGUUAAUGUCUUAAUCCAGCUUUAAGAUGAAUGGAAAAAAAUUAAGUGUCAAACUAGGUAUUCUGGUGAUGUUAUGAUCCUCUAAAUUUUACUUAAAGGAAAUUUUUUUGUGAUAAAAAUAAUUUUUUGUCAUUGGAUUUCGUUGAUUUGUAGUAAUUUAUAUUUGCACUGUGCCUUUCAACUCUGGAAUUAUUCCGAAGGUGUAUUUGGAUUUAGUUCAAAAGUUCAGUUUGUAUACAACAUGGAAAAAUAAUUUUAAUAAAAUGUGUCUUUAAAAUGAGA